AUGACUAUAAAUAACACUUGUUAUCGUCCCAGUUGGAUAUAUUCAUGGAUUUCUUCUUUGUUUUUAUCCAGACUUGAUUCCAGUGGCAUUCAUAUGCUAAAAGAAUCUACAGGCUGCAGCGAGAUUGUGAAAAUGGACCCAAUAAAGCACCACAUCGUCUUCCUCCAAGCGGCCUUCUGCAAGGUGCCCGAUUUCCAACUCCCUCCAUCGCACUCCUACACCAAGGCUGUGUACGAUGUUACUUCGCUCGCGGACCUCCAUGCGCGCGUACACAGUGCAACAAUCCUAGUCUUUUCCGCCAUCAAGAUCGACGCAGUAACCCUCUCGCCCGAGGUGACGCCGUACUUGAAAUACAUCGUGAUCGUAGCGACAGGCACGGACUGCGUUGAUCUGGACGCGUGCAGGGCGCGCGGGAUCCUCGUGAGCAAUUGUCCCAAUGCAAACGUGGAAUCAGUCUCUGAACAUGCGCUUGGGAUGUAUUUUACGAUUAGACGGAGGAUGCUGGAGAUGCGCAGUCUUACGAUGCGCGGCGAGUGGCCCAGGCGGGGCACGUUAAUGUUUGAUAUGCUGGAUCGUCAGGGACAGCCUCCGUUGACGUGUCAGGAGGAGGUUGUUGGGAUUCUGGGAUAUGGGGCUGUGGGAAAACGAAUCGCUACAAUUGCACGCGCAGUAGGCAUGAAGGUCCUGAUCUCAGGAAGGAAGAAUGAUGCCAAUGGGACCAGCCCGCCUGGCAAUGGCAACAGCAAUGGAGACGGAAAUGAGCAGCGCGUGCCAUUCGAACACAUAAUCAAGACAUGCACUGUCAUCUUCAUAGCAGUGCCGCUGACUGACUCCACGCGCCAUCUCAUAUCGACGCCUGAAUUGGAGAAGAUGCCGCAACAGUCCAUCCUGGUGAAUGUGUCUCGCGGGGGAGUGGUGGAUGAAGAAGCUCUCGUCGCUGCCCUGAAGGAAAACAGAAUCGCCGGAGCAGCAAUGGACGUGUUUCGCGAGGAGCCCGCUGGACCGGAGAAUUCACCGUUGCUCGCGGAGGGGACGAAGGAUCUCAAUCUGCUGGUUACUCCGCAUCUGGCGUGGUUAGCGGGGAUUACAUGGACAAUUCAGUCUCAGAUUCUGAAGGAGAAUAUAGAGCAGUGGGCGGCGGGGAGGCAGCCGAAUGUCGUAGUGUAG